AUGAUUGCCUUCUUGGCCACCGCUGUCCAUUGUGUCGGCGUCGGCAUCUUCGCCCAUCCUGGCGAGGACAUUGAGCUUGUGAACCACAAGGCUGCCGUUCACAAGGCCACCUUGAUGGUUGCUCACGCUGCCAUCUCUCGCUGCGACGACGCCCCCGCUGCUCUGCUACUCAAGCAGAAUGCCAUUUUUCGCCGCUAUGGAUUGACUGAUGCUCUCCAGUACGAGAACUCGCUAGGACGUUUCAGCAGGAAGCAAAGCUUGGUAGAAACCAAUGAUGUCUUUGGUUGUAGUACUGCUACACCCGCUCUGGUCGAUCCAUGUGGAUGGUGA